GAUGCACCACAUAUUGAAUGAAGACGGAGUACGCUGUAUGCGAUUGGUAUCAACAAGUUGUGAAAUAGAUUAUGGAGUGACUAAAAUCGAAGAUGGAAACUUCCAACAUUUUACUACAAUUGGGAUACACUCUCCCACAAGAUGAUGAAGCUGUAUCGCUGGAAGGAAUUCAAAGUGCCGGACUAUCCAACAGAAAUUACCGCGAUUUGGUGUGCUGGCUCACUCAAAUCAUCAAACAAUACGCACCGGAGGUCGAUGAAACCGUAUCUUCGGUGGAGCUUCGCAAUGGAGAUAUCUUCGUUUUUGAAGGAAUUAAGUUGCCCAUACCAUCGACUGCUGGACGGGCCCUUAAGUUCCAGGUAUCGCUCAGAGGAAGAUUCUUUGCUGUUGAUAGAAUUUCUGGCUGCGGAAUGCGUUACGGGUGUGAUCAAUCAGCAGAAGCGAAACGAGGAGAUGAAACAUCAAAUCGAUUUGGUGCAGCAUCCUGGGACACCAUUGAGCACAGUGAUGCAGAUGUUCCAAUUGUUGGAUCUUGACGUGAACAGUAUGGGAACUGAUAUCACUGAUUCUGAAACCUUCAAUCGGAUCAUUCACCGACUAAAGGAAUUCUUCGCAACAGACUUCAAUGCUCCUGAUCUUCUGUUCGUCCCGAAAACCAAUCUGAAUGAAGCCCAGUGGGCACAACUGGAUCAGUGCCAUACAGAUUUACAGGAAGAAUAUAACCUCCGAAGGCAAAUGAUGAUGACCCGGUUGGAUGUGACCAUGCUUGGCUUCCAGUGGAAGGGAGAUACCAAACUAGAUGUGGCGCAAAUUUGGCGCCAGAAAAGACGAAACCUAGACGCUCUGACGACAAACCUAAACCGCAGGGAUAUUUCCGAUUUGCUGGUGGCUGAACGGAGUUUGCUGACGAUGGAAAAGGUUGCUUCGACACGGAUCAAGGGCAGCAAGAAGAACGUUUUCCAGGGAAAUUUGACGCUGCCAAAUCGAGGAGGCGUCGUAAGUAUUAAUGCAAAGCCGCACAUGCCCGUUUGGUCGUCACGAGAGGAAGGCUUACCAUGUGAGAACUUGUACAGAAAGCAAUCGAAAGUGCCCCGAUCGGAACCCAGCAAGAGUCACCAAAAACUUAUCUUUUUCGCUCUAUUUAGGCUACCAAAAGUCCAAAAAGUUCCAGCAAGUGGCAGCAGCUCUGCUUUGGUGCAAAAUAAUAUUGUAAAGCCUUCUGAACCAAGGAUCACAUGGGAUUCAUGCACGGCCACCUAUUUGCUGAAAAACUCGUCGGAGGCACAAGCCAUCAUACGAAAAUACAGUCAAACACCGUUUCUCUCAAGAUCCGAUUAAAAAGUAUCACCCACUGAGUUUAAAAAUAUACGGUGUUAGAAGUUA